UAAGUGCUGUCGUCACAUGGUGGCCCCAAACUGCCAGGUCUAGAUGUACAAAUAGCACAAGUUUUACAGUUUUCCUCCGGUUCUGCACAGACGGCUGGACCGAACAAACUACAACAAAAGCUGUUGAUUCAGAGCAGGAUGUUACCCUCGCUGGUGUCUGUGGCCCUCCUUCUCCCCGUGUUCCGCGCGGCCCAGGGAGCAGUAACCGUCCAACACCACUGGGCCGGGGGCUUCCAGGGAGAGGCCUGUAUCCCCAUCUCCAAAGACCUCAACGGCUGGAAGGCUCAUCUUGUGUUCCAGGAGGACGUGAAAUCUUUGGAUGCGUUUGUGGCAACCGUCACCAAGGUGAGCAAUCGAGAGUUUCGUUUGGAGAACAAAGAUUACAACGCUGUGGAGCAUGUUGGGGACAAACUGUGCUUCACCUUCAUUGGUCACGGCGACGGAGAUAUCUCGCCUGCUGCAACCAUAAGCAUCGAAGGGAUGAACUCACCUUCCGGCAGUGGCCAAACAGGAUCUCCGGCCCAUACGACACAGAGUGCACCAACUCCUGCUCCGAACACAGGCGGCGGUACAGCCACCAAGAACUACGCUUCUGCCCUGGGCAAGUCCAUCUUGUUCUACGACGCGCAGCGGUCUGGCAAACUUCCCGCCAACAAUCCCAUCAAAUGGAGGGGAGAUUCUGGUCUGAACGACUGUGUGGUCGGAGGAUGGUAUGAUGCCGGUGACCACGUCAAGUUCGGACUGCCCAUGGCCUCCUCCACCACGCUCCUCCUGUGGUCCCUCUACUCCUUCAAGGACGGCUACGUCAAGGCGGGCCAGCUCAACAACAUGUACGACAUGAUCAAGUGGCCGCUCGACUACUUCCUCAAAGCCUGGGACCCUCACAAGAAGGAGCUUGUUGUACAGAUUGGUGACGGACUGGCGGACCAUCAUUUCUGGGGCCGUCCUGAAGACAUGACGAUGGCGCGACCUUGUACCAAGGUCAACCAGCAAAAGAAAGGAAGUGACAUCGCGGCCGAGACUGCCGCCGCCCUUGCUCUGGGCUCUAUCACCUUCAAGAGGAAGGGAGAUCGAAACUACGCCUCCCGCCUGCUGACAGCUGCUGAAAGCCUCUACUCCUUCGCCAAGAACAACAGAGGAGUGUUCAGGGAUGACGCCUUUUUCUACUCGUCGAGCGGUGACCGGGACGAGCUGUGUGAGGCCAGCAUGUGGCUGUACCGGGCCACAGGCAACAGACAGUACCUCCAGGACGCCAACAGCACCUGGGUGGAGACCGCCUGGGCCUGGGCGCUGGGCUGGGACGACAAGAAGGUCGCCUGUCAGGAGCUGCUGUACGAGGAAACACACAACGCAGACUACCGGCGCGACGUGGAGGGAUACUUCAGCUCUUGGCUCCCAGGAGGCACCAGUCAGAUCCCCUACACGCCGUGUGGUUUAGCUUGGAGGAGCUUGUGGGGAGCCAACAGAUAUGCUGGUAACUCUGCCUUCCUUGCCCUGAUUGCUGCCGAGGCCGGGAUCGGGACGUUGAGGUACCGGAAGUGGGCAGUGGAACAAAUCAACUUCAUUCUGGGCGACAACAAACAUGACGGCGGUUGCUUCAGUUACCAGAUCGGUUACGGAUCCAAGUACCCUCUGAGGCCACACCACAGGGCAGCGUCUUGCCCAGACCGGCCAAAGCCCUGUACCGAGGCUCAGCUCAACGACCCCAAGCCCAGUCCACAACUCCUCGUGGGUGCUUUAGUCGGUGGUCCUUUACAAAGCGGUGAGUACAAAGAUGAUCGACUGAACUAUACCCUCAACGAAGUGGCCACGGACUAUAACUCAGGAUUCCAGGGAGCUUUGGCAGGAAUCGUUCAUCUUGAAUUAACCAAGAACCUGCCGCCCACCGUCAACAAAUGUCCAUGCAAGUCCUGAACUCAACGUGGGUUGGUGACUCCAAGUAGAGAACCCGGCCACGUGAUCAGGAAGCAAAGACGAGGCUAUCUCUCUAUAUUAACGCUUCCUGGAGAAUGCAAAGGGAAAGAAAAGUUUCUACUGUGAAAUAAUGCAUUCAUCAAAAUUUGAGCAUAAUAAUAUUAUUAUUAAAUAUAUUAUCACAAAUCCUGUUCAA